GCACUCCCUCACACACACAGCACUCUCUCACACACACAGCACUCACUCACACACGCAGCACACACACACACACACCUCUGACACACACAGCACACACACACAGCACUCACCCCCCCACGCCCCGCUCCACUCUGCGUGUUGCCGCUCCAGAGUCGGGCCCAUGGCCUCCAAGUUCGUGAACGGAGUCAGCGACUUCGCGAAAUCCCGGGUUGAACUUCACAUCCAUUUGGAUGGAGCUAUUCGACCCUCAACCAUCCUGGAAUUCGCCAAGAAGCGCGGCGUGAGGCUGCCGGCGGACACGGAGAGGGAGCUCCACGGCUGCCUGAGCUACGGGGAGCCCUCAUCGCUCACCAAGUUCCUCGAGUACUUCUCCCUCUACAUGCCGGCCAUCGCUGGGGACCGGAACGCGAUCCGCCGCGUGGCGUACGAGCUGGUGGCGGACAAGGUUCAGCAGGGCGUCGUCUACCUGGAGGCUCGCUACAGCCCCCAGCUGCUCGCCAACGCCGAAGUGACGCCCGUGCCCUGGGGGCAGCGGGGCGGGGACCUCACGCCGGACGAGGUGGUGUCGCUGGUGAACCAGGGCUUCCGCGAGGGCGAGAAGGAGUUCGGCAUCACAGUGCGCUCCAUCCUGUGCUGCAUGCGGCACAUGCCCGACUGGUCGCCGGAGGUGCUGAGGCUGUGCCUCAAGUACAGGGACGCCGGGGUGGUGGCGAUCGACCUGGCGGGGGACGAGUCCCUGGUGGCCGAGGCCGGGGGCCCCCACCGCACCGCCUUCCUGGAGGCGGUGAGGGACGGCGUUCACCGCACGGUCCACGCCGGGGAGGUGGGUUCAUCAAAGGUCGUCGAGGAGGCGGUGGACGUGUUGCGGGCGGAGAGGAUCGGCCACGGCUACCACACCCUGGAGGACCCGGAGCUCUACGCGCGCCUGCUCAAGGCCAACAUGCACUUCGAGAUCUGCCCCUGGUCCAGCUACCUGACGGGAGCCUGCCUCUCCGGCGAGAAGGAGGCAGACUUCUCGAAACACCCCGUCGUGAGGUUCCACAAGGACAAGGCAAACUUCUCGAUCAACACCGACGACCCGUUGAUCUUCGACUCCACGCUCGCCACCGACUACAAAAUCCUGCGGAAGUACGGAGGGUUCACGGACUCGGACUUCAUGGAGCUGAACCUGAACGCGGCACGUGCGGGGUUCCUGGCGGAGCCCGACAAGAAGCAGCUCCUGCAGAGACUCUACAAGGAGUACGGCAUGGAGCAAGACACCAUCCUGUGAGAGGCUGCAUCUCCACUCCGCAGCCCGUGUCUUCACACCGUAGCCCGUGUCUCCACUCCGCAGCUCGUGUCUCCACUCCGUAGCCUGUGUCGUCUCCACUCUGUAGCCCGUGUCUCCACUCCGCAGCUCGUGUCUCCACUCCGCAGCCCGUGUCUCCACUCCGCAGCCCGUGUCUCCACUCCACAGCUCGUGUCUCCACUCCGCAGCUCGUGUCUCCACUCCGCAGCCCGUGUCUCCACUCCGCAGCUCGUGUCUCUCUCCAGCCUGCAUAUCCACUCUUCAACCUGCGUCUUCACUCUGCAGCCUGUCUCUCUCCAGCCUGUCUCUCUCCAGCAUGUCUCUGCUCUGCAGCCUGUGCCUCUACUCCCCAGCCUGUGUCUCUACUCCCCAGCCUGUGUCUCUACCCUGCAGCCUGUGUCUCUACUCCACAGCCGUGUGUCUCUACUCCACAGCCGUGUCUCUACCCUGCAGCCUGUGUCUCUACCCUGCAGCCUGCAUCUCUACUCUACCCUCCUGAGGAUCAUGGGGCCACAAUGUAUUGAAACACGUAAAACUUCAUACGCACAUGUGCAUGUAUACACACACACGUAUAUGCAGAUAGGUGUACGCACUAGCCGCUGUGUGUACGAGUUUAUGAACAGUACGCCUACGUGAAAAGGCUCGGCCAAUAACAUCGAUAUACAUUCGAUAUUUUUUUUAAACAACACUACUGCGUAGAUUUUCUGCGGUUGUGGCUCUCUGAUGCGAUUCCAGGCUGCGCACCAGCGUGCCCGAUGUCCGACGUUUCGCUUCACGUGCCCUACGAUCUUCUUCAGGAACGGGGGGGGGGGGGUGGGCGCAACGCACAGCGAGGCGUGUUUUAAAAUCGAUUUACUCCCCCCCCCCCCACCCCGCGUGACCGCCCCGUUGAUAUUACCGCGAUAUUACUGCCGUGACCGGCUCACCAUUCGUGGAGUGUCCACGACAGCUCGCUGCCCCUUGCUAAAGCGUGCCAACGCUGGGCCACCGUCAGUGUGUGGUUUGGAACCGUUGGCCCAACAUUUCGUGUUUAUUGGCUCGGUCCCGUACCAGGAAGCACGCCCACGUUGGAGCAACGUUGGCGUGUUGCUGGAAACGUUGGCCC